AGAAUGUGCUGGUUCUACUUUUAAAAGUCAAACUCCUGUGUAUGUUUUCGUACAGCUGAACCUGUCCAGAAGGUACCUUGCACCAUUUAAAUGACGGGACGUGGAGAGGAACAGACACUCAAGGAAAUUUAUUAUUUGUUGAAGGAUCGUGUUUUGUCUCUAACCAGAGAUAAAGAACGUGUAGUAAAUGAAAACGACCGCAUUAAAGAUACACUAAAGAAAACGGCCAGAAAAUUGAGGUCGACGAGUAGUGAUUCUAGUGACAUUCCCAGACCAAGAAGUGCUGAUAGUAUACAAAUGUCAGAAGAAGAUGCAAAAGUGAAGCGUGUCAUUAAAAUUAUGGAAAGUCGCCAUUUGUCAAUAAGUAGGGAGCAGGCAAAAACAGAGACUGUGCUUACUAAGGUGAAUGAUAAACUUCAACAACUAGAGAAAAGUUUGGUUGGUAUACUUGACUCCGAUAAAUCACGUGACAACACUGUACUGGAGCUCCUCCUGGAGGUGAGAUCGUCUGUAAAUGAAUGUCGACAGUCACAAACUCAUACGGAUGGACAGGUUGAGAAAAUCAGCGUUGGGAUUCAGCAACUGCUGGAAAACCAACAGAAUGUAGCCGCUGGGAAUCUUCGAGAGGUGCCGAUUCCAGUAGAACUGAAUUAUUUCUGCUCCAAAAUGCAAGCCCAGGGUACAGACUUCCACAAGUUGGGCAGAGCAUUGAACAUCGAGGAGAGCGUACUGGGGACAAUUAACCAGAGCUAUGGUGACGAUGAGGAAGACGAGAAAUUUCAACAGGUGAUCCGAGAAUGGGCGAAGAAAUCCAAAAAUGUGCACAUCCGAGAUUUUGUGGGGGCUUGUCAUAUGUCAGGUGGAAACACGGUAAAAGACAAACCUUUAGCACCAAAAGAAAAAGAGAAACUUCUUCAAAAUGUGUCAUAUCUGUGCGACAACAUGCUUGAUGUUCCAUUGGUGCUCCCUCAUCUGGUGACGAAGUCUGUGAUAUCUCCUCGACUGUCCGAGUACGUCCUGGCACCGUCUGGAAGAAUAGAGAGGAUUUUACGACUUGUAGAUGUCCUUUGUACAAAAGAAUCUGGAUUUGAGGAGUUUUGUGCUGCCCUUAAAAGUUCUGAUCAAGCUCAUGUCGCCGAGAACAUGAUUGGAGGAGGUCAAGUUAGGCCUGAAUGUGGUAAACGCUCAGCCUCUUUUUCCGUUACAAUCAAAGAGCGAGAAGAGGACGCACAAAGCACCAUGCCAGAAGACGCGAUGGUGGCUGAUCAUGACAUUCUUCGUAGCAUAGCCCUGUUGCUUCAUAAUCGAGGCAUUAUGUAACUACUGACGAUGGCACGAACCGGGACAUCAUCUUUGUGUAUUCAUUUGAACACACACUAACCUGAAACACAUGCAAGAUGUACAAAAGACUUAAGACUAUUAUGAUGAAAGAAACUUCAUUUGUGAAGACAUUAUUAAUCUUUGCUACACAAUUAUAAAAGUAUAUCAAAUCCUAAGAUUAGGGGUUCGAAAUUUCGAUCAAAAGUAUUCUUUCAUAUGAGAUGUGCUCAAGGAAUCAGUAAAGGGGUAAUAAUUCUGUAAAUAAGGUAACAAAAAGCUAUUUUGCUAUUUAGCUGACAAAACUUUAUACCGGUAAAUUUCCAUAAUAAGUGAUGGUAUUACAAAAGUGAGAUUGUUUAAAGAUU